AUGGCAGAAUCCGUUCAAGCGACUACCCUACCACCCGAGACUGUUAAGCCGGUACACACCAUCAUUCUCGAUUCGUCACCAUUCCUCCUCAACACGCCCGGUAUCUCCACCCUUCUUGCGAACGGCCACGUUCUUGUCACUACACCAUCAGUGCUCGCCGAAAUUCGCGGCGAGGAAGCACGCUCACGGAUCGACACUCUCUAUAAGCCGUUUCUCUCAAUUCGCUCCCCAAAGCCGGAGAGUGUGAAACGGAUCAAAGAGUUUGCCCGGAAAACUGGAGAUGGCGCAGUCCUCAGUCAGACGGAUUUCGAGGUGCUGGCGUUGGCGUAUGAUAUCGAAUGUGAGCGCAAUGGCGGUGAUUGGAGGUUAAGGGCUGUGCCGGGUCAGAAGCGUGUGAAUGGAAGCCCACCUCACAAAUCAGACGAAGAUCAAUCUCAGACACAAGAAGAGCCUAGGGCACAGGGAGAAGAGAUGGAGAUUCUGGAGAACGACGAGGCAUCCAAUAACAAAGAAGCCGAGGACACCGCUGUACUGGAGGUUGAGUCACUUGCUCUCGAGGAUAGAGACGGACGCAAAGAUGAGAAGCCAGUGGCACAGACAAUCGAGUCUUCCGCACAUCCUCCACCGACACCAGAGGAAUCAACAGAUCAGACCGGCGAAACUCUAGAAGCAUCUGACGAUGACGAGGGGUGGAUUACUCCUUCAAACAUCAAAAAGCGACAAGCCAAAGACGAGGCGGCAGGCAGCAAAACACAUCCUGAAAAGAAGCAUCUACAGGUGGCCACGAUGACCGGCGAUUUUGCCAUGCAGAACGUGUUGCUGCAAAUGAACUUGAAUCUUUUGUCGACCAAGACCUGUCAGAGAAUCUCACAAAUCAAGCAAUUUGUCCUGAGAUGCCACGGCUGCUUUGCAAUAACCAAGGAUAUGACCAAACAAUUCUGUCCCCGCUGUGGAAAGCCUACGUUGACCCGAGUGAGUUGCACGACGAACGACAAGGGCGAGACAAAGCUACAUUUGAAAGCGAACAUGCAGUGGAACAACAAGGGCAACGUCUUCUCAAUACCCAAACCCGCCAGCGGGAGUUCCAACCAGAAAUGGAAGGGGCCAAGACAGGGCGGCGGACAGGGCGGCUGGGGCAACGAGCUAGUUCUCGCCGAGGAUCAGAAAGAGUAUAUUCGGGCCAUGUCGACGAUGAAGCGGACGAAGGAGAGGGAUCUCAUGGACGAGGAUAUCCUUCCCAACAUUCUCACAGGCAACCGAGGUCAGACCUCGGGAAGACCAAGGGUUGGAGGCGGACGAAACAUCAAUUCUCGAAAGCGAUAG